CAGCCACAAUAGAAAAAUUAAACACUUUUACGGACAAUGCACACCGUGUCGUUGUAGUCAAUUUGGUAUGAAGAGCUUUUAUGAAUAUUUAUUUAUAAUAAUUUUUUUAACGAAAAUACCACCUGCUUCAGUCACUUAGAUUUACUUAGUUAGAUGGUCAUUGAGCUAACAUGUGAGCAGUUGUUCUGUAGGCUUGACAGGUACACCUCACAUAACAAUUCAGUUCAACUUCAAUUAAAGAGACACGAUUAGAACAUAUUCACUUUAAUUACAUUCAUUGUUUACAUUUACAGCUUUUGAAAACAGGGUUAAAUUUAGUAUGUCCUCUGUCAGCCACUGUCAGCACUACGAGCUCCAGUAGACUUCAUCAGGACAGCAGAUUCAGUACAAAAUGUCUGCGUGCAAAAGGCUGCUUUACUUUGUGAAGCACCGAAGCUUAUGGACGCAUGUUCGGAGAAAUGUCACAACAUGGUCUCCCGUCGGAGCCGCCUUCAACGCCAAACAUCAGAAAAGAGUGAACCUGUUCGAGAAAAACGUGGGUUUGUUUGGGGUGCCAGAGCUGAGCUGUCCUGCAGGCUUCCAGGCAGCCACAGCAACAGCUCUGAAGAACACAGAGCGUCUGGUGGAGAGAGCUUGCUCUUGUUCUCCAGGAGUUGAGACAGUGGAGUCUUUUGACCAGCUCUCAGAUGGUUUGUGUAAAGUGGCUGAUCUGGCAGACUUUGUUAAAGUAGCACAUCCAGAUCCAGCGUUUCGCGAGGCUGCAGAGAAGGCCUGCAUGGAGAUAGGCACAGUUGUGGAGAAGUUGAACACCAAUGUUGAGCUAUGCCAGAGCCUUAAAAUAUUGCUGGAAAACCCGGACAUUGUGGCUCAGCUGGACCCUGAUUCGAGACGAGUGGCAGAGCUGUUCAUGUUCGACUUUGAGAUCAGUGGAAUUCAUCUGGAUGACAAACUGAGGAAAGAGGCAGUGGCCCUUCACGUAAAGCUGUUGGAUCUAAACAACGAGUUUCUGGUCGGCUCUCACCUGCCGAACAGAAUCGCGAGGUCGGCAAUUCCUGAACAUCUACACCUGCACUUUGCAGAUGAAGGAAGCUUCAUCCAAGUUGGGGGAUUACAUGCAGAUUCCCCAGAUGACUUGGUGAGAGAAAUUGCCUACAUGAUUUACCUUUAUCCAAAUGCAGAUUUGAUGGAUUGUCUGGAAGAGCUGCUGAAAUGCAGAUACAAACUGGCCAAACUGGUGGGCUACGAAUCCUACGGACACAGAGCCCUAAAGGGAACGAUGGCCAAGACACCAGAGACGGUGAUGAGCUUCCUUCAGUUGUUGACAGACAAGCUGUCAGACAGAACAGCCAAAGACUUCAAGAUGAUGAGGAACAUGAAGAAAAAACUCAACCCUCGAAAUGCUGAGCUCAUGCCAUGGGAUCAUCCGUACCUCAGCGGUGUCUUGCGUGCUGAAAGGUACAACAUAGAGCCCAGUCUGUACAGUCCAUAUUUGUCUCUGGGCGCCUGUAUGGAGGGUUUGAACAACCUCUUCUCUCAGCUGUACGGCGUGUCCCUGAUGUCUGAGCACCCUAAUGCUGGAGAGGUCUGGAGCGAGGAUGUCCGCAAACUGGCUGUGGUGCAUGAGACGGAGGGAUUAAUGGGAUACAUCUACUGUGACUUUUUUCACCGGCAGGAUAAACCUCAUCAGGACUGUCACUUCACCAUCCGUGGUGGCCGCCAUUGCCAGGAAACGGAUCAGUACCAGCUCCCAGUUGUGGUGCUGAUGUUGAGUCUGCCCCAACCGACCAAGAGCGCCCCCACCCUGCUCACCCCCGGCAUGAUGGAGAACCUCUUCCACGAGAUGGGACACGCCAUGCACUCCAUGCUGGGACGCACUCGCUACCAGCACGUGACAGGAACCAGAUGUGCGACUGACUUCGCUGAAGUCCCGUCCAUCCUCAUGGAGUACUUUGCCACUGACUAUAGAGUCAUCAGCCAGUUUGCACGCCAUUAUGAAACCGGACAGGCUCUCCCUCAGAGCAUGGUUGCUCGCCUGUGUGAGUCAAAGAAGGUGUGCGGAGCCGCAGACACCCAGCUGCAGAUUUUCUAUGCUGUCUUGGACCAGAUCUACCACAGUCAACCUCAGAACCGCUCCACCACAGAAAUCCUGAAGGAGAUGCAGCAGAAAUUCUACGGCUUGCCUUAUACGCCCAAUACGGCGUGGCAGCUGAGAUUCAGCCACCUGAUUGGCUACGGGGCCAAGUACUACUCCUACCUCAUGUCCCGCGCAGUGGCCUCAAUGGUGUGGAAACAGUGCUUCAUUCAGGAUCCUUUAAACAGGGACAUGGGUGAGCGUUACCGUCGGCAGAUGCUGGCCCAUGGAGGAGCCAAGGAGCCCAUGCAGAUGGUGGAAGGGAUGCUGCAGAGACAGCCCACCAUGGAGGACUUUGUGGAUGCACUGGUGUCUGAGCUCAACCCCAACUUUGAAACCUUCAUCAUGGACUCUCAAAGCUGAAAGAUGCCUCUGGCGCCAUGGAAACGGACUUGAACCUUUACAAGGCAAAGGCAUGAUACACUAAUGAUGCACACAGACGCCGGGCCAAGAGGUGAAAGAUGUGGCAGCAGGGUGCACGUGCAUUCUUACUAAUCAUCUUUACUCUGUCUGUAAAUUAAUCAACAUUUUAUAUAUUGCUGGUCUCGCUUGAAGUCACAUUGACUUGUUUUGAUAUAUUUCUGUUAAUUCUGCUGUCAAUAUGAGAUAAUGUGGUAAGAAUUUAAACCCUCAAGAAAUUCUGAUCAUCUUUGAAUAUUAUUGUAGAUUAUUAUGAACUGUGUCCCAAUCACAGACACUUUCCCAAUGCUCUGGACUCCCUUGUGUCUCCCUUAAUGUUUUUUCAACAGAUUCAACAGUAACUUGUGCCAGGUCAGAUACUGUUUGGUUAAUAUCAUAAAACAAUCUUGAAUUUGUAAAUAUGUUUUUUUUUCAAUCUUUUAGUAGCACUGAGCGUUGUUAGAAAUGAACAGGAAAAAAAAUGCUCUGUAAUGUAACAAACCAUCAUAAAUUUCUCUAAG